AUGGACUCGACGCACAAUUUAACCGACACCCCAACUCCAAAACCACUGGAGAUAUCAAAGAUAUUUCCCAAGGCAAAGGAAAACGCAGCAGACUUAGUCAAGAAGAACGCCUGCUCACCUUGUCGUAUACCAAGGAGGCGCUCUUCUCAUGUUGUUCGCCCGCCACUUCUUCCUCUAUCAACUACCCAGAACGUGGUGAGGAGCAAUAAGCCUAUACCUGCGAGGCAACACCAGCGUCUACAUAAGGCUACCGCUCUUCAUCCAAAAGCUAUGGAAAACCUCACAGCUGAAAAGCGCGUUUGGGAUGGUAGGGCGUCAUCUGCAGGCGUUCGACAACGCCAGCCAACUCCAAAAGGACCAAAUAUCCUGUCUCGUGCUAUCAACGCACUUGAUUUCAGGAGCCGUGAAUGUAGUGGCAACGAAGCAGACAAUACUGCUAGAGCACAUGGCUUCAGACUUCCUUCUUUACAAAAAGCCUCUAUUAUUCGAGGGAAAGGGUCUGAAGUGAAUUUGCGAGGACACACAGAUAUACGGACAGGAAAAAAGUCCUGUGACGGCCUUUACGAGAAAGCCCAAAUCCAUAGGCACCAAACCCUUUCCUUUGUAGGUGACAAUCUCCUGGCUCCUAAGCCCCGUGACAGCAUCGCCCAAAUACCUCGCAUCCCCCGGAAUAUCCCAAUCACGUCGGCAGCUGUCAACCUAGUGCCGAACUCUCUGAAAUCUAGUCCUGGACAGAAUAAUUCAACGUGGGUAUCUGCUGUCGUUACAGCUAGUAUCAAUGAUUUUACGAGUGGUGUAAAUAUAAAUGGACCAUACGAGGCGGAUAUCCCACUGGAUGUCAUGAUACUGGUUGAUAAUUCGAACGCAUUUCAGCUGGCCUCUGUAUUAGAUAUACUUAUAGACAGAAUCGCCAUCUGCUGUAUAUCUCCCGAUCCUACUCAAAACCUCAACAUUCUGAUGCCAUUAUCAUCUUACAGUCUAGACACAGUUGAGAUUCUGUUCCGGUCACUUCCGGCUUUCCAGCUACCUCAUGGCGAGUCAAGCCGGUCUCGUUUAGCAGGAGCUAUAAAGGAGGCCUCCAACUACCUGAUUCGCCACUCAAGCAGAGGAGCAUCUUGUCAUAUGUUUCUUGUUAGUGCAGGAAGUACAGUACUGAUUCCGGGAGAGUCUAAUGGGGAUAAGUUGCGCUACCAUACCAUAUCACCUGACAAUGCCAUGAUGAUUAACAGCUGUCAGUCAUUGGAAGGCUGGCACAUUGGAACCAAUUUUGGUAGUGAAGAGCAAAGUUCGGUGGACCUCACCUUUAGAAGCAAGCUGCAGUUUGCUAUUCAACAUCUUAGGAUAGGUGUUGAUUCAGGAUACCUUCACAAUCUUGUAUUGCAGCUUGAAGCAGGGCCUGAUUCACAAAUUGAGGCCAUUCUUGGAGACACUAACCGGAGUGUACUUCGACUCGGCGAAUCAUGGACGGUUCUAGUUAAAGUGAAACCUAUCCCCGAGUUGCAAGGUCCUAUCAACAGUGGCCCUGCCACAGCUAUCAGGGAGAAUGAACCACACACUCCGAACGAGUCAACCGUGGACCGGAUGAUCGAUCAACUUCAAGGAAUGCUCAAACCAGCGAGUAAUACUCUUAAUAACGAACACAACAUCACUGCAUCCCUUGAGUAUAAACACUCAGCACUAUCUGGAAACACCAUUCUUUUGACAAAGAAUAAAUUUACUAUUCCUCGAUCUCGCAAAGCAGUUACCUGGGAUGAUAGUGUAAAACCUCCAGCUCCUCGAAGUAAUUCUGCAAUCAGCCAUCGCCAGAUCAUAAAACCUCCGAUCGACAGUGAGGUUAUUUCAGUCAAGAAACGCCAACAGAUCGCCAGCAAUGUUGCUGGAAAUGGUCAUCAGCCAAAGAAGUCCGGAAAAGAUAUUGCAAAUGAGGCCUCAGUUAUGAGGGAAAAUUGUGUGUCAUAUAGGGAUAUGUCUCCUUUUGGAAGCAUGAACCCAUAUAAGGAUAUUUGCAAACAUGCUGAUCCAAUAACUUCACAGCAAUCCCUAAGCAGGAUUCCCGGGUACGGUCAUUUGCAUCGUUUGGAAGAUCCUUUUGCUCGAAUACAUUAA